UCGGCAAUUUGAUUGGCGUUGUAUGCCGCGCCCAGCCCAUAUACGGAUGUGCUAAAUAUAGAACACAUUGCCUCAUUCCAAGGCUAUAAGGCUAAGGCGCAUGACCAACGACGCGGCUUUAAAAUAUCCGCUGAACACAGGUACUGUUAGCAAAUAUUUUAAGUGUUAGACGCUGAUAUACGGGACAGAUUGGACCGUGUGGAUUUUGAAAAACCUGUAAUGGAGGCAGACACUUCUAACACGGCGGGAGAACGGAAAGACAUUAACUUUAUCAAAUGCGUUGUGGUCGGUGAUGGAGCAGUGGGGAAGACCUGCCUGCUCAUGAGCUAUGCCACCAACAAGUUUCCCACGGAAUACGUGCCCACAGUUUUUGAUAAUUACUCGGUUUCCGUGUCGAUAGCUGGGAACCCUUAUCAACUGGGACUGUUUGAUACGGCAGGACAGGAAGAGUAUCAAGGAUUAAGAAUGCUGUCUUAUCCGUCAACAAAUGUUUUUGUUGUCUGCUUCUCUAUUGUGAAUCCGGAGUCGUACCAAAAUGUGGAACAGGUGUGGGUUCCGGAAAUACGCCAUCACAUGCCACAUACGCCAUUUGUGCUGUGUGGAACACAGAUGGACCUACGCACAGACGAAGCUACUUUACAAAAACUACAGAAAAAACUGCACAAACCUGUCUCAAAGGAAAUGGGCUUGAAAUUAGCCAAAAGACUGGGAGCUGUGGUUUAUACGGAGUGUUCAUCCCUGACACAAGAAGGUCUCAAGGACGUUUUUGAUGAAGCCUUACUAGCAGUGUUGGAGCCUAAAGAGAACAAACCCCAGAAGAGCAAAUCAUGUGGCAAAUGUCUUUUGUUGUGAUAUUUUAUUUGCCUGUGCGGUGUGAACUGUGGUACAUGCAUGCCAUGUGAAUACAGGAGUUCAUGUAUAGUGGUGAAAUCCUGAGGUUAUAAUUGUAUCAUUUUGUCCACAGAAACAGACUUGACACCGCCUUGGCAUCCUUUGCCAAAAGAGUUAUCCCUCUCACACUUCCGAGAUCAUGCUCAUAACGUCACUGUAAAAUGUACAAGUUCACCAUUUCUGUACAUAUAGGGGUGUAUAUCCUUGCAACAUGUGAUAAUGUGCAUAUAACGAUUCGUUGAAAUGAGUACCUAGCGCUGUAUCUGCUCAUUUAUGUAGGGUGGCCUUAUACCUCCCCGACCGGAGCGUGUGUAUGAGUACAAUCGCAAGUCAAAUCACGGGGGAAGAUAGUGAUGUACGCACGCAGCAUCAAUAUGUUAGCCAUACGUGGGAAGGUCUUCCUGCAACUUGCGGAUGGUCGUGGGUUUCCACCGGGCUCUGCCCGGCUGGCUGCCGUCUUAUAAGUGAAAUAUUCUUGAGUACGGCGUAAAACACCAAUCAAGUAAAUAAAUCAAUACUUCAGCACCUGUCAAGCUGGCAUCUUCCCGUUUUGCCCAUCCUCUGGCAACCCGCUGACACGUGAUCAGUUUGGAUACCCAUUAAAAGUAAGAACCCCAUUGAACAGGAAGCUGCUGCCUAUUAUACAAGAUUCAAGAAAUAUUUAUGCGAAUGCAGGAAUACGUGGAUGUUAUUGGAAUUAAUGGUACCUAACAGAGUGAAAGUCACAAAAGUGAUCAGCCAAGCGAUCUCACAAGCUAAUAUUUUGUCGUUUUCAUCUGUAUGUCUAUGUUACCCAAUGAGAUGAAUGGUUAUACAUCUAUAUGGAAUUGGCUAAGCAUUCUGGCGCUGGCGUUAGAUACAUUCGCGUCUUCGUUGUAUAGAGUAUGAAUGGAAAUAUUGAAUGACAUUGUGUGUAGAGUGCUGAUGUAAACACAGUUUAUUGCUUUUUUAUGUAAAUAUCACUUAUAUGACAAUUCCCGUCUAAAAUUUUACAAAUAUGUCAAUAUGAUGGUGUAUAAAAUGAAAAUUUUUAAAUCUUCCCUCUAUAUAUUUUAGAAAUUUUGACUGUUUCAAUGUUCUCUGAGAAACACUAGUCUCUGCAUUCCCAAUGACAUUCUAAAGUCGACAGACAUGAAUUUGUUUAGUAUAUUCCAGCUCAGCAUAAUACAAAUGCACAUACACUGAGAACAAACCCAAGAAACUGCAUAUAUUUGGCGUUUCAGCAGUUUGACAGUUUUAUUUGUCAUCUCCUGCAGACCUGACAAAACAUGUGAAAAUAUUUAAACCUCACAUAUUUGACUUCAUGUCUGUUCAGUUUCAUUAUGUUAUGCAUACUGGUCGACCAACAAGAUAUUCCAGUUUACAG